CUGGAGUGCUCAGACGGGUUGUACUACUCCAGGCACUACUAGUAAUUUCGGCACUUUUUCUGGUCAAACAGUUUUGCCUGCCGCCUACCCUGGAAAAUGUUCUCCUAGAAUAAGUGGAGAUCUUGAGGGAAGGCUAGGCAAUGCAUAUCGCCACAUUCAAAACAUGCCCCCCUCGCCGAUAUCACCCGCUAUCAGUCAAUUGACUGGCGAUCCUCGCACUUAUCAGAAGCAAUUAGGAGUGCCCCAACAUUCGGUCAUCAACCAACCAACGCUGAAGAUGCCCAGCCUUCCGAAUCCUCAUGCCACGCAUACAAGAUCACAUUCACAACCCCUUCCGUCAUCGUCCCCCUUUGAAUCUCUACCUACGUCAUGGACUUGGGAUGAUGCACCUGAACCGAGUAGUGCUGCGCAAUUUCAUCAUGCUCAAAUCAAGGCACAUUAUCACCAACCGCCUUCAUUGCAAAUCGAUAUUAAUGACCGUCCGAUAACGCCUUCAGUUCAUUCCUCCCAAACAUCGCCCACCAUGAUCCUCGGUCCCGUAAAGCCCCAUCCCGUCGGUGCCGUCGCGCCGUUGUCGCCGCAGCCAGAAGAUGGUCAUAUUACAUCAGAGUUUCCCCUUCGAAGGAGGUCAAAGCUGUUCAAGCGACAUUCAGUAGCAUUGUCGCAUGUUUCAAGUUCAUCCCAAUUGUCAAACCGCAUUACCUCGGAGGAGACUCGUACCGCAGAGGAUGGCCAUAUCACCAGAUGCCCGCUUCAAAAGAGGUCAAAUUUGAUCAAGCGAUGCUCAUCAUUGGUUUCUCAUGUCUCAAGUUCAUCCCCCUCACCAUCAUACCACAUUGUGUCAGAAGAGACUAGUACCCCCUCCAUCAUCCAACCAAGAAUCAAACUCCGAUAAGGACGUCCGCAACCAAAGUCUUCUACCACUCGUUAAGCCUUCAUCGCCACUACGGCUAGACAUACCGAUACAUCAGCCAUGGCACGAUCGGCGAACAAACUUUGAGUUAUCACCCAUGCGGAGAAGACCCCACAGUAGUGCAUCCAUUGCCUUGUCAGCAUCAAGCAUUCAAAAGGCCAGUCCCAGCACUGAAGCACUUGCGUCUUUAGCAUGGAUUGGUGCGUCUCCAAGGAGCACUUCUGUUUCGACAUCUUCUGGCAAUUCGCAUUAUACCCGAUCAAGCGC